AUACGUUCGCGGCUGUAGCUGAAGGACAUACUUAGAAGAAAGUUUACAAAAGAGAAUGACUAGGGGGAUCGGCGAUACCACAGAGCUUAUAAGGGCGAUGUUUGAUCGUGUAUCGCAAGGUAACUCAUUCAAGUCCUAACUUUAUAAACACCUAACUUCUGCUGGGCUCCAGACUUCGUAGUGCGCCUGCGCCUUGCCCUUGGCUGCGUGGUUGCCAGGAAACCGCGAAGCCGCGGUCCCUGCCUCCGAGUCUCUCUUGACCAUGGCCAAAUUCGUCAUUGCGGGUAGAGCAGAUUGUCCAUAUUAUGCUAAAACAGAACUUCUGGCAGACUAUUUACAAAAGAAUCUUCCUGAUUUUCGGAUACAUAAAAUCACACAACGUCCUGAGGUUUGGGAGGAUUGGCUAAAAGAUGUGUGUGAAAAGAAUAAGUGGAGUCACAAGAAUUCCCCUAUCAUAUGGAGAGAGCUGUUGGAUCGUGGAGGAAAGGGUUUGCUUUUGGGAGGAUAUAAUGAGUUCCUGGAGCAUGCCCAGCUUUACUAUGAUGUCACCUCUAGCAUGACGACUGAGUUGAUGAUGGUAAUUGCUCAAGAGAACCUGGGGGCACAUAUAGAAAAAGAGCAGGAGGAAGAAGGCCUGAAAACUUGCAUCAACCCCUUGCAGGUCUGGAUCACCAGUGCCUCUGCUCCUGCCUGCUACAACCUAAUUCCCAUAUUGACGAGUGGCGAAGUGUUUGGGAUGCAUACAGAAAUUAGCAUAACUCUAUUUGACAACAAGCAGGCAGAAGAAUAUCUCAAAAGCCUUGUGAUGGAGACCCAGGACCUGGCGUCACCUGUCCUGCGCAGUGUCUCCAUCUGCACGAAGGUGGAGGAGGCCUUCUGCCAGGCCCACGUCAUUGUGGUGCUGGACGAUAGCACCGACAAGGAGGUGUUCACUCUGGAGGACUGCCUCCGAAGCAGGGUGCCUCUGUGCAGGCUCUACGGGUACCUGAUAGAGAAAAAUGCUCAUGAGUCCGUCAGAGUCAUCGUGGGAGGGAAAACCUUUGUGAACCUGAAGACAGUUUUACUCAUGAGAUAUGCCCCACGCAUCGCACACAACAUUAUUGCCGUGGCACUGGGGGUGGAAGGUGAAGCGAAAGCCAUACUGGCCAGAAAACUGAAGACAGCUCCUUCAUACAUUAAAGAUGUGAUCAUUUGGGGUAAUAUCAGUGGAAAUAAUUACGUUGAUCUGAGAAAAACAAGGGUGUACAGAUAUGAGAGUGCCAUUUGGGGACCUCUUCAUUAUUCACGCCCUCUUUUAAACUUGAUUUUUGACAGUGAGUGGAUAAAAAGAGAAUUUGUGGCAACUCUUAAACACUUGACCGCCACAGGAAGACAAUUUGGAGGCAUUUUGGCUGCACACAGUAUAGCCACUACAUUGAAAUACUGGUAUCAUGGCUCACCGCCUGGGGAGAUUGUAUCUUUAGGAAUAUUGAGUGAAGGCCAGUUUGGUAUUCCUAAAGGGAUCGUCUUUUCUAUGCCUGUGAAAUUUGAGAAUGGAACUUGGGUGGUUCUUACGGAUCUCAAAGAUAUUGAAAUAAGUGAACAAAUAAUGACCAGAAUGACAAGUGAUCUAAUUCAGGAGAAACUUGUUGCACUUGGAGACAAGAUACAUUUUCAGCCAUACCAAUCAGAACAUAAAGAUCUAGUCCCUCAUGAAGAAAAAAAUCCAGUUAUGUCAGACGCAGAUUUUCUAAAUCAGAUUCCUCAAACCACCUUUGAAAAGCCACAGAGUCUUGAGUUCCUAAAUGGCUUUGAAGGCAAAACUGUGGAAUCCUAACAGAUCAAAUUGGAUGAAAUACAUAAUUACUUGGUAGCAUAAUAAAUAUAGAAAGAAUUUACAUAAAUGUCUAUAUUGAAGGAAGAAUAAUUUGAAAGAUUUAUGUCAGUCUUAGAUAAUACCAUGCAAGGCAAUUAAAUCACUGUGACAACAUAAAGGUCAGAGUUCAGUUAUUUUGUGUUACUUGUAUCCACUCAUGUUUGUUUAAUAAUAAUUGCAUUUUCUCAGAAAUAUUUUGGUGUCAAAUGCUAUCUUUUAUACUACAUUAAAAUAGAGUUGUCAGUCAUUGCAUCUGCCCAUACAUCUUCUGAGAGAACCUGCUUCCUUCCACCAGCCAUACCUAAGACCUGCACCUAAGUGACCAUGUUUGCUCAAAUGUCCUCACCACCUUGGUCUCAACUAAUUAAGCCAAACAGAUGUACCUCACUCAAGGAUAACCAAUCAUAUUUUCUCUCUCUCUCAAAAAAAAAAAAUUGAACUGAGACCAAUGAGUAAGUUGGUGACUGGGUCAGGUUGAUGGUAGUGAACUAUGUGCCUGUGAGCUCUUCAGAGCUAGAUUGGGUUCACCACCUUCAUAAGACCUACCUCUGUACCAUUUUUCCCUGGAUGUGCUUUGUUUAAGUGUCUGUAUAAUAAAUCACACUUUUUUAAAGCUCAGAUUGAAUAGGUUUCUGCUCCUUGACAACAGAUAUGGCCUGAAUAAAAUGAAUUUUGAAAGAAAA